CUUUUUUUCUCUUGUCUUUUUCUUUUCUCUUUUCUCUCUUUUUUUUUUUCUCUUUUCUCUUGUCUUUUUCUUUUUCUUCUUUUUCUUUUCUCUUUUCUUUUCUCUUUUUCUCUUGUCUUUUCUUUUCUUCUUUUCUUUUCUCUUUUCUCUUGUCUUUUUCUUUUCACUUUUUUCUCUUUUUUCUUUUCUCUUGUCUUUUUUCUUUUCUCUUUUUCUCUUGUCUUUCUCUUUUUCUCUUGUCUUUUUUCUUUUCUCUUUUUUCUCUUGUCUUUUCUUUUCUCUUUUCUUUUUUUUUUUUCUUUUUUUCUCUUGUCUUUUUCUUUUCUUUUUUUUUUCUCUUGUCUUUUUUUUUCUUUUUUUUUCUUGUCUUUUUCUUUUCUCUUUUCUUUUCUUUUCUUCUUUUUUUUUUUUCUUUUCUUUUCUUUUUCUCUUGUCUUUUCUCUUUUUUCUUUUCUCUUUUUCUUUCUCUUUUUCUUUUGUCUUUUCUCUUGUCUUUUUUCUUUUCUCUUUUUUCUCUUGUCUUUUCACUUUUUUCUUUUCUUUUUUUUUUUCUUGUCUUUUUUCUUUUCUCUUUUUUCUCUUGUCUUUUCACUUUUUUCUUUUCUCUUUUUCUCUUGUCUUUUUUCUUUUUUCUUUUCUCUUUUUCUCUUGUCUUUUCUUUUCUUCUCUUGUCUUUUUUCUUUUGUCUUUUUUCACUUUUUCUUUUCUCUUUUUUCUUUUCUCUUUUUCUCUUGUCUUUUUUCUUUUCUCUUUUUUCUCUUCUCUUUUUUCUCUUCUCUUUUCUCUUUUCUCUUUUCUCUUUUUUCUUUUCUCUUUUUUCUUUUCUCUUUUCUCUUUUUUUUCUUCUUUUUCUCUUGUCUUUUUUCUUCUUUUUCUCUUGUCUUUUUUCUUCUUUUUUCUUUUCUUCUUUUUCUCUUGUCUUUUUUUUUUUUCUUCUUUUUCUCUUGUCUUUUUUCUUCUUUUUUCUUUUUUCUCUUUUCUUUUUUCUUUUCUUCUUUUUUCUUUUCUUUUUUCUUUUCUCUCUUUUUUCUUUUCACUUUUUUCUCUUUUCUUCUUUUUUCUUUUUUUUCUUUUAUUCGUCUUUUUCUUUUCUUUAUUUUCUUUAUUUUCUUUUUAG